AUGGGGGAGAGUAGUACGAAGCGCAGUGUGGCGCCGAAGGCGUCAGGGAGUAGCAAGCGGCGGAGGACGGUCAAGCAGGAAUCCGAGGAAGAGGAAGAGGAGGAGAUGGUGGAAGUGAAGGACGAGGCAGAUGGCUCGCCCAAGCCAAUAGCGAAGGCGGGAAGGGGGAAGACGAGGAUAUCUCCAGCGGUACCGGUCUUCACGCCCUUUCCUAUCAAUGAUCGACCUUCGCAAAUGGAGGAGAAGCCGGUUCUCCUCUCCCCAGCGAGACGGAGGGCAGUUCGCCGUGUCGUCCCGGACUCGCCGGAGGAAGAGGAGGAGACGGUGGAGAUCGGCGAGGCAGAAGAUGAGAGGGGCAUCGAAAGGGAUGAGCGGGAAGCAGGGGGAUCGCUAUCCGGCACGUCUCGCAAGAACGGACGCUUCUCCCCGGUCAGGCGACAACCAUCAAGCGCACCUUCUACGUCUCCCCAUCCCGCAACGGUGGACGAAUCUCGGCCCCUCACACCUCCACUUCCGGCUGCCGGUCUCUCCUCCAUUUGGCGCCAGGAGGAAGUCGAGGAAGAGGUCGAAGAGGAGCUCGAGGGGCAAUAUGAUGGUGGCCCAGAGGAGUACGCGAUGAGCUCUCGACCCGCUACUCCUCCUCUGCCGGCCAACUUUUCGGCCGACGCGGCCAAAGCAAAAAUGGUCAUUCUACCCACACUCGAGACCGGCGGGACAGCACUAGAAGGAGUAGCGGAGCAAGCCGCCAGCUCGCCUCCUUCUACGCCGCCUCUCCUGCACGAGCAAUCUGCAGAAGCCGAGGAGGAGAAGGAAGACCCGGUGGCCCUAGAUGGAGAAGAUGCUCCGGCAGGGGAGGUUGCUGAGGCAAUACCGGACGCCAAUGAGGCCGAGAGCCCGAAGGAUGACAACGCCAGCGCGGAGGCGCCCGACGAGAUGGCUGCGACAGGCGCGCAGCAUGAUCUGGCCAAGGAGGAAGCCAGUAUGGAGGAGGCACUUGCAAAAGCGAAAGAAGCGACUGCCGAUAUCAUACCCGCAGGAUCGGCGGUCGAUGAUGUGGCGACAUUAAGGGACGGCGGACAGGAGCAGGAGGUGGUCGAAGAUGAGGCGGAUGAAGAGGAGGAGCCAUCCCCACUUCAUCCGGCCAAGGACGAUGAUCUGGAGCGGCCGGGGACGGAAGUGGUGGAGGAUGCGGCAACAUCAGUGCCGGCAGCUGCAAGCGUCGCUGCAGACGAAAGUUCGGACGACCACAUCAUCAGUGCGGAUGCUGAGCCGAGCAUCGGGAACACGGAGCCGGGACCCGACCAGGCGGAGGGGGACAUCGAGAUGGAGGGCGCGACGAUCGAGGCGGAAGAUGUCGUGCCCGGUCAUCCGGACGCCGAUGCUGCAGCUGGCGAUGGCAUGGCGCAGAACACUGCAGCAGGAGAUCCUGUCCCGGACGGGGACCAGCCGGCAUCACAUACCACGCAGGAGGAAUCGGCAGUCGAGCACGGAGAGACACCAUCACUUGCACCGGCAGCUACCGCUGAGGCGUUGCUAGCCACGACGUCUGCCAUCAACACCGGGAGCUCUGUCGACGUUGCGGAACAGUCCGCCGUCCCCAUCCCACUAACCACUGCCUCCACACUGCUAAGCAGCGCCCCUUCCCGCCCCGUCCUCCCCUCGACACCGGAUCAGCUCUCCGUACCUUCCAGGCAUAUCGCCCUCCACUCCUCCUCGUCAUUGUCUACCGCCCCGGACGUCCCGACCCCUGCCGGUCCUGCAGACGAGGACGUCGACAUGCCCUUCACGGCAUUAGCGGCCGUCGUGGCCUCCUCGCCGACGCCGCAUCCGGCGGAAGAAGAGGGCGAGGAGGAGCUGGACCCGGAAGAUCGCGAGAUGGAGGAAGAACAAGAGCCCGAGGACACCAUCGAAGCGGCCGAGGCGGUCUCCGGUGCGGAUUCGAGAGAUGUCUCAACGGUGGCUAGCGCAAGCACACCCGCAGCUGCACCUGCCGUGAGCGGAGAGGUAGUUGUCUUGAACUCGAAGGGUCUGCCGAAGCAGAAACCGGGGCGCAAGAAGGGGUGGAAGGCGGAUGCUCGGACGGUAAUAAAGGAUGCGGCGGUGAAGAAGGGAGGGAAGGCUGCGGUGGGGAAGAAGGGCAAGGUUGAGGCGCUCAAGUCCGCUGCGAGGGGCCGAUCCGACAGCACUUCGUCUAUAUCAGAAACCCCAGAACCGUCGAAAUCCACAGCUGGUAGCAGAUCCAACGUGGUUGUCGAGUCCGUUACAGAGACGGACUCCGACGAGGGGGAAGAGGACUUCGCGAUCUACUGUACAUGCGGGAAGCUGCAUAGGAGUGAUGGAAACGAUGAGCUGGUCGGAUGUGACGGGUGUGAUGGCUGGUUCCAUGCUGGAUGUGUGGGGUUGACGAAGAGCGAGAUUGACCUUAUCGCCAACUUUUACUGCCCGAGCUGCGAGAAAGCGACAGCCAACAAGACUGUCCUGAAGCGGCUAUGCAAGCGAGACGGAUGCGAAAAGAAGUUUACCGCCAAGCAGUCCAAGUUCUGCUCGUCUCACUGCGGCUUCCGACACGCGCACGCCAUUGUCGCCGACAUGCAGAGCAAGAAGCAGCACAAACAGCUUAAACAGCUCUCGACCACCUUGGCGCACUAUCCCCCUCCACCACCCGACGUCAAAAUCGUCGAGCACACCUCUUCCACCACCAUGACUUCGCAUUCACCGUCGGACCCCAUCGACAUCCUGGAAAAGAGUAUCGCUUCUACUGAAGCAGCGAUCUCGAUCUUGGAGAAACGGCUCGUCAUACUCGCCAAGGCGGUGGAGCAGUGCGAUACCGUCCCUCCCUUGACUGCGCCAGGUGAUGAAGCGGGGAAGAAGAAGCGUAAGGUCGGCGGAGGGGAUGAUCGGCCGUGUGCAUGGGUGGAGGCGCUGAUUUGGGGAGAUGAGGCGGUUGAGGCGUGGGAAGUUGGCAAGCCAUUAGGCGUGAUCGCAGCGCCGGCGGAGGGGGACGAUGUGGAGAUGGCGGAGGGCGCUGAGAGAGAAGAAGAUGUGGGAGCAUAUUGCUUGAACCAGAGGAAGAGGUGUGAUCGACAUGCUGGAUGGCAGAAGACGGUCCCUAAUUCACUCGAUGUGGAAUUGGCGCAGGCGCAAGAAAGCCUUUUAAAUUUGACGUCGGAAAGGGAUCAUCUGACCGCCACCCGAGAACACAAGGAGGUCGGCAAGAUUGCUCGUGAGCACUUGCAUGAGGUCUUAGCAUUGAACAUGGCGAAGAAAUUUGUAUAG